AUGAAAAUUUCUAUCACUGGCUUGGUCUCCGCCCUGUCUCUACUCCCGGAGGCCUCCUCGGCAACUUGGUUUGGUCAAGCCGGAUCUGACAAUAGCCAUUUGCAGCGCCGGGAUAAGGGGUGCAGCUUCACCCUCUUGUCGUCCGGCUCGUUCGCCUGUCCCGCUGGCCAGCUGCCAGACGGACAGAUCCGCCUGAAUGGGACAGAAGAGACUGCGACCUUCUACAUAACAGACGGUGGAAUCACCGAUUCACAGGGCUUCGGCUGCAUCGUCACAGCUCCUCCCACCACCCAGAUUCAAUGCGAUCAAGGCACAGCUCCAGACGCCCACUUCUCCAUAGGCGCAACCGGGAAUCUCCUGUACAACAGCUCACCCAAUUUCUUCGCCUGUCCAGCUACCGACACCGAGUACAACGUCUACGUCGACCCGAACUUUGGGCAGGGCAAAUGCUUCCCCAUCACGUUGCAGGCUAGUGGUUGUGGUGCUCCGGCGACGUCACCAUGUCCGGCGGCAGAGACGUCGACGGUGUGGCAGACGCUGACGGUCACGUCGGUAGUGGACACCACUGUCACUGUUGCCGCGACUAAUGCUUGCUCGUCUGCUACUGGCAUUUCUGUGCCGCCGCGAGAGAACUCGACUUCUUUGACUUGUCAUCAUUGUACUAAGAGCCACACUUCGACUGGGAUUAACUCGAGAGUUUAGACGCAGGGGGCAGGUGUGGGG